CUUCCUCCAGAACAGCUUCUCAUUCGGGCGGAAGAUGGCGAACGUGCUGCUGGAGUUCAAGGCUUCAGCCGGGGACUCGGAGCCGCAGAACCGGCCGGUCCUGAUCGUCGGUCAGCUCGCUAAUCUGCAGCAGGUCAACUGGACCCAGGUGAAGGGAAAACUGCAGCCAGUCGUCACCAAAGAGCUCUGGCAAGCUGCUCUGUCUUCCCUGAACCCCAACCCUACUGACAGUUGCCCGCUGUAUUUGAGUCAUGCAGCAGUGGCAGCUCUUCCUUCACGGGUCAGUCGCCACAACAGCCCAUCCUCUGCCCACUUCCUCACCCGCCUGAUCCGAACCUGCCUGCCCGCCGGCAACAACCGCUGCAUUAUGAUGGUUUGCGAGCGCACUGAGGUGUUUGCAUCAGCGUGUGCUAUUGCUAGAGCUUUCCCGCUCUUCAGCCGUCGCUCGGCGUCUUCUCGCAGGACAGAGAAGAAACGCGUGACUCUGGAGUUCGUCACUGUGGGUCAGGACAACGGGCCUCUGGAGCUCACCACACUUGAGUGUCUUGCUAAUGCAGCGGAUGGAGUUCGUCUGGCUGCUCGAAUCGUGGACACUCCAUGCAGCGAGAUGAACACUGAUGACUUCCUGGAGGAAAUCAAGAUCGUGGGAAAUGACUUGGGGAUCACUCCAACUGUAAUUCGAGGAGAAGAACUGAAACAAAAAGGCUUUGGAGGCAUCUAUGGAGUUGGUAAAGCGGCCCAGAAUCCUCCUGCUUUGGCUGUGCUCAGCCACACUCCUUCAGGUGCCACACAGACCAUUGCCUGGGUGGGCAAAGGCAUUGUCUAUGACACCGGAGGACUCAGCAUCAAGGGCAAAACCACAAUGCCGGGGAUGAAGAGAGACUGUGGAGGAGCUGCUGCCAUUUUAGGAGCAUUUAAAGCUACUAUUAAGCAGGGCUUUAAGGACAAUCUUCAUGCGGUUUUCUGCCUGGCUGAGAACUCCGUGGGACCUGCAGCCACUCGACCAGAUGACAUUCACACUCUCUACUCUGGAAAGACAGUAGAGAUCAACAACACUGAUGCUGAAGGCAGGCUGGUGCUCUCUGAUGGGGUGGUGUAUGCAAGCAAAGACCUGUCAGCGGACAUCAUACUGGACAUGGCAACACUGACCGGCGCUCAGGGAAUCUCCACAGGGAAGCAUCAUGCAGCAGUGAUGACCAACAGUGAGCAGUGGGAAUCAGCAUGUGUGCGCGCCGGACGCAGCAGUGGAGAUCUGGCUCAUCCUCUGGUUUACUGCCCAGAGCUGCACUUCAGUGAAUUCACCUCCGCUCUUGCAGACAUGAAGAACUCUGUGGCGGACCGUGAGAAUGCUCAGAGCUCCUGCGCUGGCCUCUUCAUCGCCUCUCAUCUGGGCUUUGAUUGGCCGGGUGUUUGGGUGCAUGUAGACAUCGCUUCACCUGUCCACGCUGGCGAGCGAGCCACAGGUUUCGGUGUUGCUCUGCUCUUGUCUCUGUUCGGACAAGCGUCUGAAGACCCCCUGCUCAACUCUGUGUCUCCAUUGGGUGUCGCAACUGUCAAAACUGCAUCUGAAGAUCAGAUGGAGAGAGACUGCAAAAGGAGGAGACUGGUCUGAGAUCAGUACAGGCUGUUCUUAACCACUAAAAAAAAAAAAAGUUUAAUAUUAAUCACGCCUUGGGCAAACGUUGCAUCCAUUAGACUCAAACACUCCUUCCUCUUCUCCAUCUGAAGUACAAAAUAAUAAAAAAGAGCCCUGUAUGCACGGUUAUGAAUGAAAUAUGAAAUAAAAGUACAAGAUCGUCUCAAUGUUUUGUAAUGUACUCGUUCACAGUUUGUAGUUGCCAUCAAGAAAUGUUUCAGGAAUGGGAGGAGGCACAUGAAAUAUUUCUCUGCAAAUGAUGUUGCUUUUUUUCCCGAUCAUAAAAUGUUUAACGCAAUCAUUUGAUUUUCAUUCCAGACAUAAAUUGAUGACACAAUCGUCUUCGUUAGGUGAUGUUUUUUGGCACUAAAUGAGUGCUGACAGCAAAAUCCACUUUUGAUGCCAAUUUUGUUAGUGUGGCAGGUGAAGAAUAUGGAUUGUGAAUGAUGAAAUCUUUUCAGAGUAAAUGUUUGAAAGAA